AGAAACCGGACGCGCGAUCGAGCGCUCGCGCGUGCAGAAAGCAGCCAGCCAGCUCGUGGCCCGAUUCACGGCGAGCACAAGGGAACGACCCUGAGAGACCCGGCGACAAAGACAAUGUCUCCCGGCAGCGGGCACAUCUUGCCACGCACUAGCCGCUGGACAAGUAUAAGAAUGACCUCGACGGGGAUAAAGUGUUCGCCGAUCGCUUAUAAACGCUCAGUCCGUGUCUGGGAUACCUUCGUCGUGGUCGAUUAAGGGUUCGGCCUCUCCGUCGCUUCUGCUGCGUCAUUGAGCACCUGCCGGGACAAGUGCGUUGCCCGAUCCACGGGGAUCCACCGCGAAGAUCCUCUCUCCUCUCAGUGAGCAUCCUCCCGCGGAACCUCCGGCUGCGUCGUCCUUCGGAUCUUCGCCCCUUUUACGCGCGCGCCGAGCUUUGAGGAAGCUAGUGUGACCAGCUAAGUUAGACGAUCCGGACCCGAGAGGAUCAGUCCAUAGCCACCGCGGCCGCAGGUGUCCAGUGUCUCCGUUGCGUUUCUUCGUCGAAGAGGAUCUCCUGAAUUUAGCAUCUCCGAAAAUGGCGGAUGUAGCGCCUCCAUCAGUGGCGGAGUGGUACCGCGGUCGAAAUAUUUUCGUUACCGGUGGCACCGGAUUCAUGGGAAAAGUGUUGAUAUACAAGUUGUUGCUCAGCUGCCACGACCUUGAAAAUAUUUUCGUGCUGAUCAGAAAGAAGAAAGAUGUCGACCCGAAGACCAGGCUGUCGCAGAUAAUACAGCAACAACCGUUCAAAACAAUGUACGAGACGCAUCCAGAAAGAUUGAAGAAGAUCAUACUUAUGCCUGGUGACACCACCGUCGACGAUCUCGCGUUAUCGACCACCGAUAUGAAACGACUGCAAGAGGAAGUCAGCGUGGUCUUUCACGUGGCGGCGAACGUGAAAUUCAACUUGAAGUUAAAGGAGGCCAUUAAGAUAAAUACACAGGGAACCAUGAAUGUUCUGAAACUUGCGAAGCAGAUGCCGAACCUAGCGGCGUUCGUUCAUGUCUCGACGGCGUACUGCUACUGCUUCGUGCCGGUACUCGAAGAAAAAGGCUACCUGUCAUCGGUGAGUCCCGAGGAAGUGAUGAAGGAUGUGAACAAUUUGUCAGACGACAACCUCGACGCGAUAAUGCCGAAACUGCUGGAGGGCCAACCGAACACUUACUCCUUCAGCAAAGGUCUUUCCGAGGAGCUGGUGCAGAACUCCGGGCUGCCAACAGCGAUCGCGAGACCUUCGAUAGUGGUUGCAUCACAGAAGGAACCGCUACCCGGCUGGGUGGAAAAUUUGAACGGGCCGACCGGUAUCAUGGUCGCAGGCGGCAAAGGUGUUCUGAGAUCGAUGCUCUGCGAUCAGUUCGCGAACGUGCACGUAAUCCCUUGCGACAUAGCGAUCAAUGUUCUAAUAACGCUCGCUUGGAAGCUGGGAAUCGAGAAACCCGAGAAGACAAUAUACAUGAACGUGACCACCAAUAACAUCGACAACCCGAUCACCUGGGCGAAAGUCGUCAACUACGGGAGGAAAUUCACCAGGGAAUAUCCGUUCACAGGUGUCUUAUGGUACCCAGGCGGAAUUAUAACCACUUCGAAAAUAAAUCACUGGUUCCGCGUAGUAUUCUUUCAGCUUUUACCAGCGGUAAUAUUAGAUGCUCUGAUAAUCUUAUCAGGGAACAAACCGUUUUUGCUACGAGUGCAACAGAAAAUCAGCGGUGGCCUAGCAACGAUGCAGUACUAUACAAUGAAGCAAUGGGAAUUCCGAAACGACGGCAUGAAGCAAUUAGAGCAGCAACUCAGUAAAUCUGACAGAGAAGAAUUCUUCAUGAACCUUAUGUCGAUUUCGUGGGAAGAUUUUAUACGACAAUACGUCAUAGGUGCCAGGCUGUAUUGUUUGAAAGAAGAUAAGUCGUCGUUGCCGCGAGCGCGGAAAGUAAUGACAUAUUUGUAUUAUGCAGACAUAUUCGUUAAAAUCGCUAUGUUCUUAUUAGUGGCGUGGUUCGUUUAUUCUUGGGCGCAUCCGACCAGGGAACUGACAACAACCGCGUUCGACGUUAACGAAAUUUAACUCUGUUGUUAAAUAAUUCCUUGACUGACUAGCAAACGUAUAUACCUCCGCCCGAGAAGAUCGUACAACAAUCGAGCUGGACUAAUUUUAACGCGUGACUCAUUGAUAACCGUUUGCACUCGAGAGGACAAUUAUCAAGUUGAAUAUUUAAUAUCAACGCGUCGAAUGCCGAUUUCAUAGAGAAGAAUACAGAAAAUGAGGGAGAAAUAUAAUAUUCUAUCAUUUGAUUGAACUCCAUUAUUAUUGUUGCAUGUUCAUCUAGUUGAACGCCAUUGUAUUAGCAUUAUUUAUAAUAUAGAAAUCUUCUCAAACGAUCACCGUUUAAUCGAACGUGUUAAUUAAUUCAACGUGUUAAUAUUAAAUAUUAAUCUUUAUCCGAACGAUCAACCACGCGUUGAAAGGAGUCCAAGUUGAUUAUUGUACGACUUUCUCCGGCGGAGGUUGUUAUGUGUGGACAUUAAAUUUUUUAAUAUGUUUGUUAUUGCUUUCAUUCUUUUUCGUGUUGUUUUAUUUCUAUAUAAUCGAAUCGUGUGAAGUAUAAAGACGUGAGUACAAUAUGUUGGUAUACUUGAAAGGGUUGAAUAGCUGAAUGUAAUAAAAAAUUAUAAAAAGAUAUAAAAAACUGUAGCACAAUAAUAAAUGUUAAUUUAUAAUAA